GUCAGCGGAGUUGCAUUUAGAAGUAGUAUUUUUAACAGCUGAAGAGCGCUGGCUCGACGCCGCGACGAGCCGAACUGACUUCCGGGUUGUCGAUGUCGUCGUCUGCAUUUUUGUGUGUGUGUAGGAGCUCGAGUGGACAGCGAAUUGACACGAAAAUGCGGGUCCCGGGGUGGCAGCAGGGCCGAAGCACCAUCGCGGAGGAGAUCAAAACGCCAUGGAGGGCCUUCCCGGUUCACACGUCAAAACAUUGGGACUUCUUCCCUGAUUGCAGGACAUACCACUCCCAGCGUCCCGCUUUCCAAGAUGGACUCUCUCCACCGUGACCAGCGGAAUGAGGUCAUCACGUGUCGAAGUGAUGACGAUGACGGCGAACGGCACGGGCGGCGCCGGCUCGGGCUCGGGGAUUAUCGCGGCUAAUAUUAGCGGCGCGGGGGAUGGAGGAAUUCUGCCGCCGCCUAUUUUGCAGCCGUGUCGCUGAGCGGGCGGCCGCAUAUAUCGUCGGAGUCGUCGUCUCACGCGACCGGCGGCAGCUGACCCGCUCGCACCUCGCGCGACUUCACUUUGGGGAGGGGCUCCGACGGGCCGCGCGGCACGCUCGUUAGCAUGUCGCUAACACUCACGACAUGUCACCCGCAUGGGUGAACUUCACGAAAGUCAGUCACAGUCAUACGGUCACCAUGACAACCGCACCCACGUCCGCCGGACACGGGACACGCACGACGCUUGCGAUUUAGGUGAAACCAACGACACGUGUGACAAAUGACAAAUCUGUUGUAUGUGACACGAACAAGAAGGACGACGCAUGUGAGAUCCAUCAGAAACGCAUACGACGCAUCUAUGACACAUGACACGCGCCACAUGUAUGACGCAUCAACAUGUAUGAAUCCUAUGACACCCAUGAAGCGCUUCUGUUAUAUAUGACGUGAUGCGUACAACGCGUGACACACGUGACAUGAAUGACACGUGUGACACGAUGCGCACGUGAAAUGUCACAUGCACAUUGCACUCAUCAAACAUUCAAUAGAAGACACGUGACACCCGAUACGCGAUGUUUACGAUGCGUGCGACACACGCCUAUGACAGCGAUGUCACACGAUCGGGUGUGACACUGUCAAGUCUCGACACAUGACCCGCACGAUGCGACACACCGUACAUAUGACACGGCCCUUAUGAACGCACGAAGCGUGACGCGUACGAUGCCUAUUCAACUCAAGACGCACGUACGGCACAUAUUCAACGCCAUGAUGCGGCUUCCUGCCCGCGGAAGGUUCUUCUCACUCGGCGGAACCCUCGCCGGCUAGCUUUCCGUCAACUUUUCUCACGCGUACGCGUGCCAAAGCGUCAGAGACUUUCACCUUCUAUUUCGGUCUCAAGGUCGCAGCUGCCCGGCGAGCGUGAACGUCGGUCGGACGCCGCCGAGUCGAAAAGGGAAGUGAGGAUUCGGUGUAAGUCACCUUGAGACGGGAAAGGAGUCUGAGGCUGCGCUCCCGCUGCAGCUCAAUUCCCGUUGUUUCGUCCAACGUGACGAGCGUCUGAUUUUCUCGCGUCAAUGUGAACGGCACAAUUCCCGUUUGUUACGUAUCUGACCCGGGCCUCUUUCGUACGUGGAUACAAACGGGAGACGUAUCCGACGCCACCGCGAGCGUCGCUCAUCCCGUGUUUGCGUCAUCAAAAGGCCAGCGUCGUCCCAAUUGUUUGACGAUCGCGGACCUGUUUUUGUCAUUUUGACGGCACGGUCCUCGUUGUGUGUCACAUUUCAACAUGUUGCAUCCAUUUGUAUUGCGCCGUAUUGUCUUUUUGCUGUAUGUGUUUUCGGAUAUCCACCUUAGGACGACGUGCCCGGAACACCUCACCGGGGAGGCGUCCGGGAGGCAUCCGAAUCAGAUGCCCGAGCCACCUCGUACGGCUCCUCUCGAUGCGGAGGAGCGGCGGCCGGCUCUACUCAUGAGCUCCUCCCGGAUGACCGAGCUUCUCACCCGUUCUCUAAGGGACAGCUCGGACACCCUGCGCAGGAAACUCAUUUCGGCCGCUCGUAUCCGGGAUCUCGUUCGGCUCGUGACCCAAAGGUGAGGGUGGGAACGCAGAUCGACCGGUAAAUCGAGAGCUUCGCCUUUCGGCAUAUUUACAACCAUGAAUGCUUUUUUGCUGAUGCGUUGAUUACUGCGCAUUUUGUCCUCAUCAAAUAAAGAAAAAAAGGGGACAUGCGCGACGAGCGAUGGCGGACGAAGGUGCAGGUGAAAAGAAGAUGCUUUUCGACUGAUAAAUGUGAACUACGGGGGUCAGGUCAGUCCAAACGCAAAAUCCUCGCAACUGCCUCAACUGAGCCCAACGCGAAGGCGGGGCCGUUAUUUACUUGCGCCAAAACGCCGCCUCGUGUUUGUGCGCGUGCGUAGUAACGUGGCGUCGGGUCAGUAGAAGUCUGCGUUCAUGGAAAUAAAAGUGGUGAGCGUUGCAGACUGCAACGUUUUUAGUUUCGUUUCUCUUUAUUUUGAUGUGCAAAUCAAAAUGAAAAAAAAAACCCACCUUCUUCGGGAAAAAGUACACCGUAACCCCAAUUGUGACACAAAGGAAGUGGAAAUGAAAUCAGCUUGAAGUGUUGGAGUUGCAAUGAAAUCCAUUUGAAUACAUCAAGUUUCACUUGGGACACCAAACAAGGUGAAGUGGAAUCCGAUUGAUGACACAGAAGUUCAACUUUUCAAGUGUCUACUGUGACACGCGGAAAGGUGAAAGGAAAUCGCCCUUUUUCCAAGAAGCGUUUGGAUUUGGCAACCGCUCGCCAUAAAAAGCAGCUGACCCGCUGACCUGUCAGCCGGAGUUUGAUUGGCUGUCAGCGGGCGAGAGAAUGCGGGCGGCGAUGUCGACAGGCCGGCGAUGACAUCAUGGCAUUAGUCAGGUCACGUGUCUGGCGGGGGGCGCGCGCCCAAAGAUUGUCUACGGAGGACGAUGUGACUCACUCCCACGCGAAAGUCGAAACUCGCAAGUUGAAUUGAAGUUGUCUGCCUGUCGCUCACAUGUGCCAAGUAACUUGACUUCAGUACAGUUUUCAGGUGUCUUUCCGUUUUUUGGGGUGACUUUUACUUCUUGCUUUCUCCAAACAUAUCUGUACUUUCUACUCUUGACGUUUGAAAAAUGGGCAUGUUACUUUGAAAACUUUCAAAGGCAGUGCUUGUCAAACCUUCGCCACCAAAAUCCACUGUCAUGGCCGCCAUGAAAAUACAGUAGCAUAGUAGGCCCACGUGUUCCACAAAAACAAUCGGAUAUUCUUGUAAGCCACUAACAUAAUGCGCAGUUUCAACAUACCAUUGCGCUAUAUAUAUAUAUAUAUAUAUCAAUUAAAAACUACAUCUUGAUUCAAUUAAAUGGCAUUGCACAUAAAUCAAAUAGAACGUGUACCUAAAUAAAUGUGUCAAAGCAAAGCAUUCUAAACAAUAACACGCAAAUGUAAUAUACUUAAACGUUAAGUACAACUGAACUGUACUUUAAGAAAUGUACUCAACAAACAUUUAAGCCAAUGUAAAAUCAUGCACAGUGACUAUUUAAUUUAGUGAUUUUUUUCCACGUACUACUGCCACUGCUCCACAGUGAGCGACAAAAUUCAUUAUGUCACGUUUGAGCAUUAACAUUAUUUCAAACACAUUUAUUUAUUGGACUCAUUUUCAACUAGUUUCUGUGUUUGGUUUCACUAUAUUUUUUUGUCAGUGGGCAUAUAAAUGUCUUUCAACUAUUUCUGUUGUAUAUAACGUUAUACUUUAGUAAUGUGGCGUUUUUACUCUCUGUAGCAGUAUUCUGUGAGUUAACAAAAUUCAAGAUCAACCUGUAUUUUAUUAUUGGGCAGGAACAUGUGCAUUAACUUUUAUGUUUUUUACUUAAGGGAGUCAGUUCAGUGCCUCUUUUACCAUAUAUGUGUGUGUGUGUGUGUAUAUAUAUAUAUAUAUAUAUAUACAUACAUAUAUGUAAAAUUUGAAAAUAAUCGAUCAUAGUCCCGUGUUGCCUUUGGGGACAGUCGGAAAUCCCAGUUUUCUAUCUAUCUGGUAUGUGUUUUCAAGUGGGUUACUUUAUACGGUACCGCGCAUCGCAGACAUAUUAUGGGAUGCCUCGUGGCCUGGGCUGGAUUUCCUUCCAGAGUGAGACCUCUGGCUGGCACGCGAUGGGUGGCAGCUAUAAGAGACCAGCACGGGCACGGGCCGUGGCAUCGCAUCGCAUCGCAUCGCCAUGGGGCUGUACAGCGUCCAGGAACUGGUGAGCGACAAAAGGUCAGAGUGCAAGGCGGGCGGCGAGCGUGAGGAGCGAGAUGAGGGACGCGGCCACCUCCGCUCCGGCGACCUCUCGGAGGACGACAGCGGCGGCGAGCACGACGAGGUCAGCGUGGCGGCCCUCAACAUGGACAAAUGUGGGCGCCUGCGUCUGGAGACGGUGGACGACCUGUUCAAUAUCCUGCAGCUGAGGAAGCGGAGGCGGGAGAGGAAGGCGCCCGUCUCCAAGAAAACGCGCGCUGCGCCCUCCGAGAUGCUGCCCGACACGGUGGAGGCGCCUCUCUUCUUUGCCGCCGCCGUGGACAACAGGAUGGCCGUCGUGCACAAGUACCUGAACGAGGGAGGAAACCCCGACGCCGUCGAUCAUUUCCAGAGGAGCGCCCUCCACAAGGCGUCCUUCAAAGGUCACGUGGAAGUCAUGACCGCGCUGCUGGACGCCGGCGCCGCCAUCGACUGGAAGGACAAACUGGAGUCGACGGCGGUCCACUGGGCCUGCAGAGGCGGGAACCUUCCCGCCCUUCAGCUCCUCCUCCAGCGCGGCGCCAAGAUCACCGCCAGAGACAAGGGAUUUGAAUCGAUGGCAACCGGACUGUUCCGUUUGGCCUCUCACCCGAGCAGGCGUCAUCAGUUCACGCGACGAGCCAGUGUUUGUGUGGAAAUACUCAACUAUUUAUCCUCCGACUUGGAGGAAUCCCCUAAGCUGCACAGUUGCCCUCUGCACGUGGCCGUGAGGACGGGACAUCUCGAGUGUGCCGAGUAUCUCAUUCACUGCGGCGCCGACGUCAACGCCAAAGACCGGGACGGCGACACUUGCAUGCACGACGCCGUGAGGAUCAACCGCUUCAAGAUGAUCAAGCUGCUCAUGAUGUACGGUGCCAGCCUCAACGUCAAGAACUGCGAUGGGAAGACGCCGAUGGAGACGCUGUACUCGUGGCAGAACGGCGCCAAGAGCCUGCUGUUCCACUUCAGCGAGGAGAAGGCGGAGCUUAACGAGAAGAUGAUUUGACGUCAUCAAUGACAUCCUCAUCGCCAUCGUAUGUUGUUUUUGCCUCCUCCUGGUGGCUGAUUGUUGACAUUGCCGCUUUGAUGCCAUCAUCCCAGGUUGAAAAAGUGACUUUUCCAUCAAAUGUUGCUGGACGACAUUUUGGGGUUAGAGACGCUUUUUUUCCUGUUUUUGAUGAAAAAACAAACACUGACAACUUGUACUAACUUUAUUGCCGUUUUAUUCAACUUGGAACUAGCGUGCGUCCCCUCGUGAUGACGCCACUGGGCCAGCUAGUAAUAUAACAAUGUUUCAUUUCUUUGAUAUUGGAUUGACGGGUGUGAGACAUGAGGAAGUUGAGGAGGGUUUACAGGACGUGGCAAGAAUGCGAUCGAUGUGUGUUCAUGAAAGUUGUCAAUAAAGUUGCUUUGAUUCCAA